GCAGGUGAGCGCGCAGGUGGAGCGCAGCGUUGAGUUUCUCAGUAGCUCACAACAAUAAGCGGAGAGACCUCUGGGAAUAACGCACUCCAACUACCAUGACAUAAAACAAGGUCAGCUUUGGACUACACCAGUUUUAGUAACCGAAUGCUUGCUUGAACUUUUGUGAACCCCAGUUAACUUGGAGAAACAUAAGUCGUGGAAAUGAUGAGUUCCGAGGCUUUGCGUCCGACCUCGAACCCUGCGCGUAAAGGCAAGCUCGCCACCAGAGUGGAGGAUGUGAAGAACCCCUGGAGACACGGAUCAACACUCGAGCUCAGCCACAACGAAGCCGCGCGGCUCGCCACCGACGCGCUGUUGGAACAAGGCGAGAAGGCGUAUAAAAAAGUCUUGCAGGACGAAAGAGAACUAAGUUUUCUGUCCUCGCUGGAAAUACGUUAUAUCACCGAAAAUGUGGAUAAAAGUAACGACGCGGACAGCGGGACUAAUGGAGUGGACAUGGAGGAAGGGGACACGGUGUCUGAGCUCACUUCAGGGACUUAUUUCCCCAUGAUGUCCGACGAGGAGCCUCCAAUGUUGGAGCUGGGCUGGCCAGAGCUUUCCACCCGAUGUGGACCCACUGAAGCGAAGAUAUACUUUCAGAGGGACAAGUCGCAAAAUGUCAAAGAUCUCAUUCGAUCACUUAUUAGUAAAGCCAAGAAGGUCAUCGCAGUAGUCAUGGAUAUUUUUACAGACGUGGACCUGUUCUGCGAUUUAGUGGAGGCCUCCAACAAGCGCAAGGUUCCUGUUUAUGUUCUACUGGACGAGAAGAAUAUCUCCCAUUUCUUGAGCAUGUGCUCUGAACUAGACAUCCAGAAUUCAAACUUGAGUAAUAUGCGAAUAAGAAGUGUAUGUGGAGACACGUACUGCACCAAAAGUGGGAAGAAAUUCACAGGUCAGGUUCAAGAGAAAUUCAUGAUCAUUGACUGUGAGGAAGUCAUAGCUGGAUCCUAUAGUUUUACAUGGCUUUCCGCUCAGGUCCAUAGCAACAUGCUAAUGCACUUCUCCGGCCAAGUUACGGACUGCUUCGAUCGGGAAUUCCGCUGUAUGUAUGCAGAUUCCCAAAUAAUAGACCGUUUCCACAAUCCAGAUGAUGACGAGCUGCCCGCUUACUCCUACAACAUGCCGGCCCCAAACUUUGGGUUGGAUUUCCUUCCAGACUACGGCAGCAAGGAGCGAGUGUAUUCUGAGAACUCUAGUAGCCAAUCCAGUGGUAGCGUUUCCAGCAUCAAAGCUGCUCCUCCAGGUAUGCAACAUGUUUACAAAGUCACGCAUGACAAGAAGAACCCGGACAACUUGCAAAAGACUCCUGACAGGAAAGGAGUCACGAGUUCAGGGCUUCAAAUGCCUCCGGCAAGCCACACGAGAAGAGGUUCUCUUAACGACAACCGCCAAACUCCGACGGUUGAACGCCCUCCCUUGGUUCAGUCCGCUGGAGUGGAAUGGGCCAAAGCUGGAGCCGCAGAAUACAUACGCGCAAACAUUGCCGGACCGUCUUCCAAAAUCCAGUCUUUAGGUCUCUACAGCUCUCCAAAGCCUCCAUCACCGACUCAGCAAUCUCCAACAGAAAACAGGAUUUCCCCAAAACACCGACUCCCCGCGCCUUUCCUCAGUAAGUUCACUGAUAUGUUCAGCACAAAGGAUAAGGACUCUCCCGUCUUCCCGAAGAAGCCUUCCCAUUCCUCUCCGUUUGGCGGGCCAGAUCUUUCUCAGAACGAACCAGAGAGUAAUCAAUUUCCUCCUCCACCAGGACCCAUGCCAACGGACUGGAUUGGCCCUGAGAAAGGGUUACAUCGGCGGGACGAGAAACGCAUGACGUUAGGUCACAGCAAAUUGGACCUUGUCAACCAUUACAACAAGUUGAACAAAUCCAAGCAGGUAUAUAGUCGCUUUGAGCUAAAGAACAACAUGCCUCAUUAAUGCUGGGCCUGAUUGAUCAUUCUUCCUUGGAGUGAGAUUGUUGCUCAUUUUGUGCACAAGACU